GAACCAAGCUCGACUCUGCUCAUAUGUACUAAUUCGUGCCCAUACAUACUCUUAUUUUACGACCUUCACCACCAUUUAUCAGUCUGAACAUGACUUCGGUAGGGCUACUUUAUCCUUCUGAUGGUCGCAUAUCCCAGAAGGUCGAUUAUGCUAACAAACUCGUGGAGAAUUCUGGAAUCAGUCGAAAAUGGCCCAUCACCAUCGGGAAGGCGGCAGGUCAUGGUACUCAAAGACGCUGAGCUUGUUCUGGCAGUAGGGAAGGAGCUGAGGAUGACCUCACUCGGUGACACAAAGCUUGGUUCAAGUGCAGGAAGAUCGAGCAAGAUUCUCAAGACCCCCAGCAUCGAAUUUGAGAUUCACCAGUUGGCUUUGAAUCCGAGUGGUAAACUAUUGGCGGUCGCUGGUGCUUCACAGGUAGCUGUUGUGGUUCUUCCUAGAGCAGGGUAUGCGAAGCUUGUUCCAACUUCAAUCGAGUGCAAGUCCAUAUCAGUAGGACAGUUUUACCAUGCUUCAAGCUCUUCUGCACCAGUCGUCAAAAUUGAAUGGCAUCCUUGGGGAGAGGCGGGUUCUACCCUUAUGGUCAUGACAGUUGACGGGAAGCUACGUGAAUAUGAUAUUUCAGUAGAUACCGAUGAACCACAGCAAAUUCUUUCUUUUGUUCCUGACAAGAAAACGAAGUCAUACUUGGCCGAAGAUCCUUCCGAACGAGAGGUUGCUUCCUUUACGCUUGGAAAAGGUAUAGCGGACUGGGGUCCGUUAACGGUCUACGCCGUCAUGAAAUCGGGUGACAUCUAUUCGAUAUGUCCUUAUAUGCCGAAAAAUGCAUCAAUUCCAACCUCAUAUAUACAUGCUUUGGAAUGCUUCAUAGCAGCCAAGCAGGAGUUUCUAUCUCAGGGUGGUGCAGAAACUACACCCGCCCACUCCACCCUUUACAACUACCAGCGUCAAUAUGUGUCUGCCCUCAUCAAGCAGCUUCCACCAGGGACCGUCUUUCCAGCGGUGUCACGUUCGGUCCUCAUGCAUCCUCCUACAACAAUUAAAAACCAUCCAGCACGACAGGGCCCCUUUCUCUUACAACCUUCACCUCACACUUUGCAUGGAAGUGAAGGAGGGGAUGCCACUGACAUAGCAUAUAUAGCAUUCGUCAACGGUGAUGAAGAAGAUGACGAAGGGGAGACAGAGCGUCUCGGCGUGGUUGUAGUGACUUACAAAGAUGGAAAGGUUGACGUUUAUUUAGAUGUGGAAAAGGUUGAAGCAAGAUGGGAGAGUAAGCAGCACCCACAUUCUGAGUUACCGAUGCUUGCCGUCUUCGAAUCAAUUGAUCUCGGACUAAUAGCAUCCCUCGAUCAAAGUUCGUCUCAAAAUGCCCUUCCUGUCAGCCUAUUACAGACGAAUUACCCUGUUAUCCAUAUGGAUCCCAUUCAUGACGACGUUGUCUAUGUAUAUCAUGCAUUUGGGGUCAACGUCUUGGAUUUUGGCGUUCUUCUCCGCAGUCUCUCUGCUGCUCUUCGCGUUGAAGGUGAUAUAGAAGGCAGUAGCUUGACAAAAACUCUGCAAAAUUCCAAAGGCACCCGGGUUUCACAAAUUUUGAACACUUUCUCUGUUGAACGAAAAUGCUCUAAUCCCGUAAUUGCUGUAUCGGUUCCCAAUGACAUUUACUUGACGUAUAGCAUCAUUAUUCUGACUUCGGCUAUGAGGAUCACGUCGUUUCCCCUCAGUUUGCGCUCCGAUGACUCCAGCUUGCAGCCUCAGCCCCCAAAUACCCCGGAUAAAACGUCUGAACUGCGAUUGUCAAAGUCUACUGCAGAGCCUCCUGCCUAUGUCUCUCUGCUUGGCACCGGAUCGUUCACGCCGCCACCAAUUCUGUCUCGUCCUCUGGGCUUACCUUCAAAUGCCCGUCUUGCUAUUGGAUCUCAACAGAGUAAAGCUGAAUUCACCCUGACCCCAGAUACGCUACGCUACCUGGGGACGACUGUAGCAAACUUCACCUCUCAAAUACACGACACGCUCUUGGCCUACAAGGCUGUUGACCUGCGGCUUGCUCUUCAGAAACAAGAAUAUUCGCGACAACAAGAUAAAUGCCGUGAAAUGGUGGGACUGAUAAACGACCUUCAGUCGUCACGACAUGACGUGGCUCGAGCUCAGAUCGAAAGAAUUCGAGCAACGCAUAAAGUCCUCCUAACACGCCUAGAUCGUAUCCUUCAGUCUAUGAUGCAGCAAGCUUCUCCGGAACUCAGUGAAUACGAGAAAAAGUGGUUUGAAGAAUUAAGAAGGAUGAAGAUGGAGCUCGCUGGAGAAGGACGAUAUGACGAAGGAUCUUUGGCCGCUCGAACAUCUCUGCUCCGGCGGGAACAUGAUCGCAUUCUUCCCAACUUGACAGAAAUGAUAACAAAAGAAAAUAAAUGGAGAGUCGCAUCAUUAGAAAAAUCUCAAGGGCUUGGGGUUUCUCAGGCUUUCGAGCUCGGAGAACGGUCACAUAUCGACCGGACUAAAAUUGCAGAACUAGAACAAGAGGUUGCUGAUUUAGCCGGUAAACUGGACCUUUCACUUGCACGGCCACCACCAUUGCGAGAGGAGCACAGCUGAUUCGUGAUCCAUGUAUCGCAUAUUCCUUGCUACUUGAAAUAUUUGGCCAAGUCUCCUUUUAUUCGGAUAACUGUUCAUAUCCUCGCUCAGGUCUCAGCGACUUCGGGAAAUGUAGCUUUCUACUUGAGGGCGUCAACAAUGAGUUUGACAAUUUGACAAUUGAUUACUCUAGACUUGGUCAGACCCUACGAGUGGUGUUAUCGAUGUUUGUACAGUAGUCUACAAUACAACAUUUAUCAAAGUGGAGAUCUGAAUAGAACGAUGGUUAAUCAUGUAGAUCAACGACUGAACCCAGUACCAUAAACCAGACUUCUACCCAUCUUGCAAAAACCUGCGCAUCGGUCCAGUCAUCUUCUCGUACUUCGCUCACUAUCUCCCAGACAGCUGACGCCGUUUCACAAGGAUGAAAAUACCAGCACGGCAUACCAAACGUCGGAUGUUCACCCUGAGAUAUAAGAGGGAACGUUGAUGUUGGUGUACUCAACGAGAACGCGGUUGCGUUGCCUUCAUAUAUGGUAGAAGGACGCAAAAGAGACGUUUGCAAAAUCUCGGACAAAGGCAGUGGCUCGCCACCUGCGGUUCAUUGUCAACGAUAUUUCAGUUGCUGGGGAAGGAGUCCCCUUACUUGAGUUGUGAAUAGAGAAGUAAAAGGCGGGAACCUGGAACGUGGCCGAAAAGACCACGUAUUGCUGGCAGACAUAAUCGACAGAUGAAGUAGUGCUCGGAAUUGAUAGAACGGCCUCGUCUUCGCCCAAAGGUUCCAAAAGUUCUGAAUAUUCGUCAGAUACGGUGUGAUCGAUGAUCACAGGACCUGGUCGCCUAGUGACUCUGACAGUUCGAAACAUGUAUCCAAAGCCAAGUAAAGACUGGGCCGAUCAGUGAAUGUUCCAAAGCCCAGGCCGAACAGCAUACUGUGUGUUCCCGCCAAAGCCAUCCUCGGUUAUGUUUUGCUAUGAACGAUUUACAUGCUUCAUCGAAUU